AUGCAUGAUCCAAAACAUACUCAACAAAAUCUAAUACCAGACUGCGAGUCGUGCAAGGCAUGGGAAAAUCAUAUAAGUAAGGCAAAGAAUGCCCGUGAAAAAUACAGGACUGAUGCUGCUAAUGCUGGUUCCGAUGAAACAUCCCUAAUUGUUUCUGCGGAUUUAGAGAAAGUUAUAAUGCUGCCCAGGAUCAUGUUUAAGCAGGUGAUAUUUUGUCAACGAAUUAUUGUGUUUAACGAAAGCUUUGUACCGAUUGGCAAGAAGCAGCAGAUCAGACCUUUCUCUUGCCUCUGGCAUGAAUGCAUCUCCGGAAGAAAAAAAGAAGACUUGAUCAGUACCUUUCACGCUUUCCUCAUCGCCAUGCGAGACUUUGAGAACAUAACCUUCUGGUUAGAUAACUGUUCCGGACAAAAUAAAAACUGGGCCCUAUUUUCCUAUCUGACAUAUAUCAUUAACUCACCUGAAGGACAUACAUUUAUGGCGGCAGACAGUUUCCACCACCAGAUGGAGCUAUCUCUACAACAAAAGAAGAAAGUCUACGAUUUUGCAGAUUUUGUAAAUUGUGUACAAACUGCAAAUUCAGGCAAAGUGACCGUGAAGUUAAUGAAUCUGGAGGACUUCUUUGUUUGGCCCGAUAAUUCUUCCUCUCACAACAUAAAACAAUUGAUUCCAAGACCUUAUAUGAAAGACAUUGUGGAAGUCAUUGCGGAGAAAGGAAAAAACGAACUCAUUUAUCGGACAAGUUUUGAUGCAGAGGCAAUCAAAUCAGACCCAACAGUAAGAAAAAUAAAAUCUGAGGCAAUGGCUCAGUGGGACAAAGAUUCAAAUGACUUGAUAAAUUUGAUCAGAAUGCAAAUGGACCAUGAAGAGUACAUACAGGAAGUUUGUAUCCCAUUCAAUGUCAAAAUUUACAGUCAGGAACAAUUUCAAGUAAUCGAUAAAAGUAGAGUCGAUAAUGACUUGCCUAUACUAUACUUCGAUGCUACAGGAUCAAUUGUAAAGAAACCCGAGGGAGUUAAAAAGAGAAUUUAUCUUUAUACAGCUGUUAUACCUACAUAUCCGAGAAGGAUAUUCCCAGUAUUUGAAAUGAUAUCUGCCACACAUUUUGCCAAGACAAUCUACAAAAUUUUCAAUGACUUCAGAUGUUUGUGUGAAGAAAAUAACAAAUGGCCAACAUUUGGAGCAAUUGUCACAGACUCCAGCUUUCCAAAUUUACACGCAGUGAGUAAAUCGUGUAACAGAUGCACAUUACUGGAACAUAUUGCCAGAUGUUAUUCAAUAGUGAAGGGUGAAAUUAUUUUUACAGAAUCGUUAGUCACUAUCCACCUAUGCUGUGCACACUUGAUAAAAAUUUUCAGUAAAGAUAUAGAAGAAAAAUUUGCAGACAGAAGUGACGCAAAUUUCUUGAAAGAUGCCAUGGCACUAGCAAUCAAUACACAAACUCUGGCACAACUAGAAGACUGGUUCAUCAACAUGGCCGUAAUUUUAUUGAGUCAAUUCGCAACGGAAAGAGUUUAUAGAAGUCAAAAAUGUAUAUCAAAUGGUAUCGAAGAUAUGAAUGAAGGCUCUGUUAAGGAAGCCAAUACCCUGAAAAGUGGAAAUAUAUAUAAUGAAGACGAUACUGAGAAAUGA